AUGUUCCAGGUACUCUGUAAAACUGAGUCUAAUGAGAAUGGUGUUCAACUUCAAGUUGACAUGAAUGAUGACUACAUGUGUAAGCCUAUGGAAAGAGCUCGGAAAUCAAGAAAGGUAUCUUCUUGCACUGUACAAUCCUCAGAUGGAUGUGAAGAAUUUGAUUCUGAAGAUCUCAGUCAGGAGACAGUUGUCUCUGAGGCUUCAGUAUCUAAUUCAUCAAAACUUGAGGCUCUGAAUCACUACCUGGCCCUCAGUAACGUUAGCCCGAUAAAGGAAUGUCAGGUCUACCUGCAACAUUCAAGCAAUAGAACUAAACAGAGGUACAUCAAUAAGGCUAAGCAGUGUCUUGACCUUAUCCUGACCACAAUUUGUCCUGGGGAAGAGGAAUUCUUGAGAAGAUCUGUUUUGAAUGAUAUUCAGCUAACUUCUGCAGAGGAGGAAAACGCCAUUCUUGAGACACUUGUCGAAAUUUAUAAUGGUGCCAAUUCUUGGGCAUUCCAACGACAAAUUCUCUCAACAAUUGUAAAAGACAAGGACUUUUCAGCUGUCAAAGAGGAGAACCAAUCUCAAACAGGAAAGUUCCUAGGGGAAAAGUAUACCCAUAGCCAGUUAGACCACUUCAUUGACUUUAUCACAUCUGGAGACAUAAUUAAAGAUCAGCCUUUUGGAGAAAAAAUGUUGAAAAUGGAAACAGGAGAGGUUCUUAACAUUCCAACUGUUAUUAGAUGUUUGGCUCCUUCCACCAUUAUCUCUCAAUACAUGGAUGUGUGCAAGGAGGAUAACAUAAAGCCUCUUGGAAAUAGCACUCUUUUCAAGAUUUUGGAAGAAUGCUCAGCUGUGUUCAGGAAAAGCAUUGAGGGAUUAGACAAUUUUUUAAUGGAGGGGAUUAAAGCCUUUGAGGAGCUGGACAAGAUAGUGAAAAGACUUGAGCUGUCAACAGAAGAUGAGAAACCUCUUACAGCUGGAUUGCAAAGUGCUAAAAAUUAUUUGAAAUCAGGAUUUAAGGGUCAUAUUACCAAGGAAAAUAUGGUAGAAGACCAUUGCAUAUCCUAUGCCCUUAGUUCUUCCGAGCCUUUCUUCGCAGCUGAAUGUGAGCAUCAGCAUGGGGACACAUGUACUGACUGCCAAAACCUGGAUAUAGUUCUCAGUUCAAUUCAGCAGAAGGCUGAGGAGCAUCAGUGGCAGAACCAGGAAGCAGCAAUGUAUACGGUAGAAGAAGCUGUUGAAGCCAUAAAGAAAUGGAAGUGCCAUAUCCUAAGAUGUAGAAACCAAGAAGCUGCAGGUCAAGUGGACUGGUUUGCCAAAAGGGGGAUGAACUGGCAUAUUGCUGUGACACUAUUAAAGGAUGGACAAAAUUUUUCUACGUUAACACAUGUCCACAUUUUUGAUUGCCCUAUAUCUCAGGAUGCACCUAUCACGUCACAGAUUUUAACAGAUGUUGCGAGAGACAUUUUGAAGGAGAAACCAGCAGUGAAAAACAUUAACUUUUUCACAGACAAUGCUGGAUGCUACAAGUCAUCCACCACAAUCCUGACGUUACAAAAAGAACUCAAGAAUACUGUGUCCUCUUUUAAUUUUUGUGAGGCACAGAAUGGGAAAGGUCCCUGCGAUAGGCGUGCAUCCCACAUCAAGUCCAUUAUAAGACGAUACAUCAAUGAAGGAAAUGAUGUAACAUCAGCUUUCCAUAUGAAAAAGGCAGUGGACAAUGAACAGAAACCAGAUUUGAAACUGAAAGUUGUUUCAUCAGUGAAUAUUGUUGAUGAUGAUCAGCAUGAACUUGAACCGAGAUACUCAAUCCCAGGAAUUUCUAAACUGUACAAUUUCCUUUAUUCACAAGAUGGAUUAAGGAUGUGGAAAGCAUAUGCUAUUGGUGAAGGUAAACUGAUGAAAUGGAGAUCACUAGGCUGCCCAUCUCCAACAGUUGAACUGAAAACUUUAAUAGACUGGGGACAUGCUGAGUCAAGGGUUUUGAUCACAGAAAUAAAACAAGAUGAAGAAGCUGAGUCUUUAGAGCACAUAACAGGUUUUCAUUGUCCUGUGGAAAACUGCACAAAACAGUUCUCAACACAAAGAGCAGUUGAUGAUCAUGUAUUAAUGGGCACCUGCUCAUUUGCUACAAAAGAGAGGCUAUGUGUAACAGAAAAGGCAAAAUAUAUUUACGCAGAGAAGAUUAUGAAAAUGUAUCCGACAAACAAAGAACCAGGGCUCCUUCCUGUUACCAGUGUUAAGGAUAUAAAAGUCAGGUUACCGUCAUUACCGUCAGGUUGGGCAUUAAAAGAAACAAAAGGCAGAGUUGUUUUCACCAAUCAGCAGAAAGAAUUCAUGAAGGAGAAGUUUAACAUAUGGAAAACUACUGGAAACAAAGUUGAUCCUUUUUGUGCUGCCGAAGAAAUGAGAUUGUCCGGAAAGUUCAAAAGGGCAGACUUCCUCUCUGGCCAACAGAUUUCAUCCUAUUUUUCAAGGCUCGUUCAGCUUGACAAAAAAACAUCUAAAGAAGACUACUGGGCUGCAGUUUGUGAGGAAAAUCAAGAUUUACUGAAAUGCAAAAUACAACAAGUUUUGAAAUAA